AUGAUCAUAUCUAUCUAUAUAUCUAUCUAUGAUCACAUUUAUCUAUCUAUCUCCCAUUUUGUUCACAUCUAUCUAUCUAUCUAUCUAUCUAUAUUUCUUUUGUUCAUAUCUAUCUAUCUAUCUAUCUAUCUAUCUAUCUAUCUAUUACAUUUUUUUGUUCAUAGCUAUUCAUCUAUCUAUCUAUCUAUCUAUUACAUUUUGUUCACAUCUCUCUCUCUCUCUCUCUAUAUAUAUAUAUAUAUAUAUAUAUAUAUAUAUUUUCUUCACAUCUAUCUAUCUAUGAUUACAUCUAAGUUUGUUCAUAGCUAUCUAUCUAUCUAUCUAUAUAUCUAUUACAUUUUCUAUCUAUCUAUCUAUCUAUCUAUCUAUCUCUAUCUAUUACAUUUUUUUGUUCAUAGCUAUCUAUCUAUCUAUCUAUCUAUCUAUCUAUCUAUUACAUUUUCUAUCUAUCUAUCUAUCUAUCUAUAUAUAUAUAUAUCUAUCUAUCUCAGUUUAUUCACAUAUAUCUAUCUUAUUUUGUUUAACUCCAUUGUCAUUUUUUCACAUGUAUCUUUCUAUCUAUCUCUGUUCACUAGCUAUCUCUCUUUGAUCACUUCUACUUAUCUAUUUGUCUAUCAGUUUAUUCGCAUCUAUAUGUCUAUCUAUCUAUUUAUCUACGUUUUUCUUUUGUUAUGA